AUUAAACGAAAAUGUUACACUACUGCGGAGUCCUGAAUCAGAAGCUUCUUUGUCUUCUCUAUUGGGUUUUGGACUUUGGAAUAUAUAAAGGAUAUCAACCCUUCUCUUUUUGACUUUUGAUGGAAACACACAGUGAUUUCUUGAUUUUCGGUGUUUUAUUGAUCUUUUUAGCCUUUACACGUUAUAAUAUAAAAGGGUUUCUUUUGAAACAAGUUUUUCCAUAGAGAAUAGUUAAAGAAAUCAUCAUCCUUUUGUUCUUACAAGGUUGUGUUGUGUUUUAGAGGAAUUUUCUGGAUGAAUUAUAAAGGAAAGAUGCGUGCUCCAUCUUUGCUUGCACAGUGUUUACCUGGUUUGGCGCCUCAAGAUAGAGGAAGCCAUAGUAUGUCAGCUGUUUCAGAGAGAGAUGUGAAUCUUCCUACACCAGCUGUGGAGAUUCUCCCUUCAAAGAUGGUCCAUCCUUACAAGUAUUCUGGGGAGAACGUAGAAUUUCAAGGCCUUAAUGUGUUCAAGGGCAGAGUUAAUGUUGCUGAUAUUAUUGGGUUCACUGGUUCUGAGAUGAUAUCCUCAAAAACUGAUGGGUAUCUGAAAUCUUGGGACAGCUCUAUUGAUCUUGUUAAUGUUCUCAAGCAUGAGAUACGUGAUGGUCAACUUAGCUUUAGAGGCAAGAGGGUACUUGAGCUUGGUUGUAGCUAUGGUAUUCCAGGGAUUUUUGCUUGCCUGAAGGGUGCUUCUACAGUGCACUUCCAAGAUCAGAAUGCUGAAACAAUAAGGUGCACAACCAUACCAAAUGUCCUUGCUAACCUUGAGCAAGCUCGGGACAGGCAGAGCCGACAGCCAGAGAGCCCCUUGACUCCAUCAAGACAAAUGCUGGCACCAUCAGUGCACUUUUAUGCUGGGGAAUGGGAGGAACUCCCCACAGUUUUAUCUGUUGUGAGAAGCGAUACAUUUGAAGUGACAACAGGGAUGAGCCUGAGCUUUUCUGAGGAGGAUUUCAUGGAUGGAUGUAGUAGCCAAGAUGGUAGCAUCAUUGGUCAGGAGACUUCCUCAAGACGAUCAAGGAAGCUUUCAGGGAGCCGGGCAUGGGAAAGGGCUAGUGAGACCGGUCAUGGAGAGGGGGGUUAUGAUGUUAUUCUGAUGACAGAUAUCCCACACUCUGUGUCUUCUUUGAAGAAGCUAUAUGCUGUCAUCAAAAAGUGUUUGAGGCCUCCAUAUGGCGUAUUAUACCUGGCAACAAAGAGAAAUUAUGUUGGUUUCAGUAAUGGAGCACGACAGCUAAGAAGCCUGGUGGAUGAGGAAGGCAUUUUCGGAGCGCAUUUAGUUAAGGAGAUGACUGAUAGAGAUGUCUGGAAGUUCUUUCUCAAGUGAAACAUAAAGUUCAGAACUCAACAAAAGUACCUGCUAACUGAUCACAUAUUUUCAGAUUAUAUUUCUUCUAAUAUCCUAUUUGUAUAUCUCAGAUCACAAUUGUCAUCAUUUUUUUCUUUCAUGAAAACGGAAUCAGUGUUUAAAAGUUUUGCUAGUGUGCAAUUCCUUGCU